AUGGUUUCCGAGACACCAAUUACUGCACCGCCGGUCGAAGGAAAUCAUGUCUCGUACAAGCCACGAUACAUUGAUAUUGGUAUCAAUCUUGCAGAUCCCAUAUUUCGAGGGAGAUAUUAUGGCAAAGAGAGGCACCCAGAUGAUUUGAGCGCAGUGGUCUCAAGAGCCCAAGAAGUCGGAUGUAGCAAGUUGAUUGUCACUGGAUCCGACUUCACAAGCUCAAGGCAUGCCCUUGAGCUUGCCAAGGAAUACCCUGGAACUGUGUACACAACCGCUGGCAUACACCCAUGUUCCAGUGCGAUAUUCAGCUCAGCCCAUGCACAUGAAGGCACGGAUGGUCAUACCAUGCCAUGUGACCCGGACCCUACUCAACCCGUACCAGAAGACCACGAGCCCGACCAAGAGAAGACCGAGAAGGUCAUCUCAGACCUCGGGAAACUCAUCGAUGACGCGCGCAGCGCAAGUCCCAAUGCCCUCGUCGCAUUUGGUGAAUUCGGCCUGGACUAUGAUAGACUGCACUAUUGCUCCAAGAAAGUCCAACUGCACUCCUUCGCGGCACAACUUGAUCUAGUCCUCUCCCUGACACCCCAACUCCCUCUCUUCCUGCACUCGCGUGCCGCUCAUGAGGACUUCGUCUCGCUUUUGAAAGCCAAAUUCGGCGCCAAGCUCGAGAGGCUCGAAAAGGGCGGUGUGGUGCACAGCUUCACGGGCACGGUGGAGGAGAUGCAGGAACUCAUGGACCUCGGUUUGUACAUCGGCACCAACGGGUGCAGCUUCAAGACGGCGGAGAAUUGCGAGGUCGUGAAGGGAAUUCAUCUGGACCGGCUCAUGCUGGAGACGGACGGGCCGUGGUGUGAGGUGAGACCUACGCAUGAAGGGUGGAAGUAUCUCGUUGAAAAGAACGGUACGUCUACGGAAUCUCCCUGUGAGAUGGCGUCGGGUGCUACAACACCGGCGGCUUCGGGGACGUCUACUCCGGAUGCGGCGACGAAGCCGGCGCAGAAGACUAAGAAACCCCAGAAGAAGGAGACGGGUGUCCCGGAGCGCUGGCCGGCUGUGAAGAAGGAGAAAUGGAGAGAGGGAGCGAUGAUUAAGGGGCGCAAUGAACCUUGUAUGAUUGAGCGGGUUGGCAAGGUUGUUGCUGGUAUUAAGGGGGUUGAGGUAGAGGAGGUAUGCGAGGCGGCGUGGCGCAAUACUACCAAGAUAUUCGGACUAGAUGAUUAG